AUGGCGGAACUAUCGACACCGCUUGGCGACGAAUCGGGUGGUGAGCGUGAGUUUUUAACACUUUUGAUAACUUUAUAUCGUGAUCAUCCUGAACUAUGGCAAUUGAGAUCAAAAGAUUAUUUCAAUAAAAAUAAAAAAGCUAAAGCACUCCAAACAAUUGUGGACACUUUGAAGCCGUAUAAAUCUGAUUUCACAGUAGAGAAAUUAAAACAAAAAAUUAAUAUAUUGCGCACUAAUUUUAACAAAUGCUACAAGGCGAUUGAAAAUAAGAAACGGUCAGGUGCAUCAGUGGACGAUAUUCCAGAACCCAACGUAUGGUAUUACAACGAACUGCUGUUUAUCAAGGACCAAGUCGAGAUAGCAGAAACUCAAUCUUCCGAGGUUAGUAAACAUCAAAUAUAUUUUAUUUAUUUAUGUGUAUAA